UUUUCACCAAUUUGGAAACUCAUGUCCAAGUCCCAUAAAAAGCAGACAGUCCUAUCCCCUCGGACAAACCUAGACACUCCAAUUCAUCUCAUUCCUGGGAAACUCCAAUUCAUCUCAUUCCUGGGAAAAUUGUCAUCUUCCUCACCGAAUAUCGAGAUCUAGCUUCAUUCUUCACUCAUACAUGGAAUUGAUUCCGGGUCUCCCCGACGACAUAGCCCGAGAAUGCCUGAUCCGGGUCCCCCACGCCGGACUCUCCACCGUCGCGUCCACGUGCAAGGGAUGGAAGGCCGAGAUCGAACUUCCGCAGUUCCGGUCACGCCGCAAAUCUGCAGGCCACAGCCAAACGAUCAUCAUCAUGGCUCAAGCCGUGCUCGACCCGGCCCGGAGCAUCGGAUUCGCCAAGCUUUGCCAUGUCCCGGUUUUCCGCCUGACCACUUUCGAGCCGGUUUUGGGUUCGUGGAGCCAGUUGCCGCCGCCUCCCGAGUUCUCCGGGGGCUUCCCCAUGUUUUGCCAGUUGGCCGCCGCAGGGUCGGAUCUUGUUGUGAUCGGCGGGCUUGAUCCGGUUUCAUGGGAGGCCUCAAGUUCGGUUUACAUCUAUAGCUUUAUAACCGCCACAUGGCGGCGUGGGGCUGACAUGCCAGGGGUACGGCGCUCAUUCUUCGGCUGCGCGUCGGACGGCGACCGUGUGGUGUUUGUCGCCGGAGGCCACGACGGCGAGAAGAACGCACUGAGGUCUGCGGUGCUGUACCAUGUGGAGAGAGACGAGUGGAUGGCUUUGCCCAACAUGGCGAGGGAGCGCGACGAGUGCAAGGGGAUCUUUCACGGCGGCAAGUUCCACGUCAUCGGCGGGUACGGCACCGAGAUGCAGGGGAAGUUCGAGAGGAGCUGCGAGGCCUUCGACGCCACGACGUGGCAGUGGGGCCCGGUGCGGGAUGACACGUUGGUGGCGAGCACGUGCCCUAGGACCUGCGUGGACGGCAACUUGGACGAUCACUUGUACAUGUGUAAGGAUGGCGACGUGUUGGCGCUGAGAGGAUCCACAUGGCGGGUUGAGGCUAAAAUGCCCGGUGACGUGUACAGUCCUAGUCAUGUGACAAAGUGGCAAGGGAAGUUACUGGUGAUUGGGGCCCCGACCGCCGGCGAGCCCCAAAAGGCGUACGUGUUGGAGAUGAGUACAUGUACUUGGACGAAAGUGGAGUUGCCGGAAAAGUUUUCCGGUCAUGUUCAAGUUGGCUGUAAUUUGGAGAUUUAGGAGUGACAAGAUGGAGAAGUAAAGCAGGUUGUGUACGAGAUUAGAUGCAAGAUUAUUCUUGGAUUUAUUAUGAUUUGAUUGCACUAGGUGAGGGUUUUGCUUGGGGACGUUGGCAAUAAUCGACGUCAUGAGAUGCAAAUUAGUGAGUCUUAUGUGGAAAAUAAAUAAAUUUUUCUUUGCCUU